GGGAUGUCCUCCCCACCCCGGGCUGGUGGCUCCGUCAGGUGUUUUCCUCCUAUUUUACACUGUUCCAUCAGCCCGAAGCCCCCACUGCAAUGAGGAGAUGGGGGGUCUGCAGCCUCCUCUUCCUCCCACCGUUUUCUCCUUGCCUCCCAUUAUUUUUCGUGCAGAAGAUCCUCAUGGGGGUCAGUUUUAAAAGGGGAAAAACCACGGCUGGGUUGGGAGAUGGGGUGGAUCUGCAGGAUCCAUUGCGGCGCAUGGGUGCUCCUGACUGUUCACCUUCCUCACGGAGGAAGAGCAGAGAGACCCAUCUCUGCUCAAACAGUUAUUUUAUGACUUAAGGACAAAAUGGGGCACAGCUUGGAAGACCCCAGAGGUCCAUCCUGACUCAAAAGCUCCAUUUUCCACACUUUAAAGGCAAAACGUGUCGUGCGCUGACCUGAGUUCCCUCUCCCCUUCCUCUCUUCUGUCCCCAGGAUGUGAAAAGCCCCACCACCAGGUACGUGGCCCCGUUGAAAAGCUGCUCUGUGAGCUUUGCAUCGAGCGGUGGUGACCAUAGGGAAGGAAGCUCAUCAGCGAACGCUCCUCUGCUCCAGGGGAACUGUGAGAUCUGGGGGGUAUUUGGGGUAUUUUGGCCUCUGCGUGCUGCUUCCUGCUUUUACCUCCUUGGUGAUUCCAGGGAUGUAAUGAUCAGAGGGGCCUCAAUCUCAAAACUGAGCCUCCACGCGGCAAAGGCUCGUUUUAAUUCCCUGCAGUAUCUCCAAGCUUUUCUCUCGCCCGUUCCACCCAAGCAGGUCUCCAAGAAACAGUAAUUAAUGAGGUCGUUAUUUCACGAAGAAAAGCUCAGCCUUUGCCCUGGCGAGGUUUGGGUUGCCAAGGAGGGAAGCAUCUCCAUUCCCUGGUCCUUCAUGACAUCAGAUUUCCUGCAUGGCCCUCUGUGAUGGAACCACCCUGAAUAAAUGCACCGAUUUUCCAUGUAUUAUUUCCAUUUCCCACCUUCCCCCAGGUGCGGAAAGGUGACCUUCCAGCUGCCAGCGGGGCCAGAAGAGAGGCUGAGCCAUUUCUCAUGGAGGAACGGAGCUCUGAAGGAACACCUCAAGAAGCUUCAAGCAUGGGAACCCAAAGCCGCGUUACCUGUUGGAUGGAGACGCGCCUGGACCCACGGGCUGAACCCAAACGGGCAGAAAUGGAGGCUGAGGGAGGAACGCACAAAAUCAGGGCAACCAAACGAGUUUUCCUCACCCUGCAGGCCGAGCCUGGCUGCAAUUUGGGAUGAUGGCCCCAGGGCAGAUCCCUCGCCUUGAUGAUUUCCCAUCAGCAAAUGGGGCGGGCGGGUUGACCUCAGUCAUUAUCCCUGCCUUCAGAUUUCAGCUCUUUUUUUUGGGGGGGGGGGGUUGGCUGAACAGGUCUGGGUUGGCCUAGGAGAUAAAGCACUGCAGGCUGUGCUGGGUAAUAUCCCACAGAUCCCUUUCCUUCCAUUGUUUCUCCCCCCACCGUUUCUUUUGGAGAUGGAAGUCUGCAGAAACACCUUUCAUUUCUGGUCAUUUUGGGGGCUCAAAACACUCUUUUAUUGUCAUAUGGCACGUGGGAGGGGUCUCCACCUUUCGUCUUUUUACUUCUUUCUUUGGGGUUUUUUACCCUCCUGAUGCCAACCCACGGCCCCACAGAACGGUUGAGGCUGGGAGGGACGGUCCCGUCCUACAACCCUCCUCCAGUGGGGCCAGCUGGAGCACAUGCAACCCAUUUAGUGCCAGCCCUGUCCAAAGAUCCAAACCUUGCUUUAGAUCCAAACCUCUCCCCAUCCUCGUGGCUUCAGCACGGAGGCCCCCCAAACCUCCCCCUCCUCUUACACCCCACAGCCAGCAUCACCCUGGACCCCGACACCGCUCACCCUGACCUCGUCCUCUCCGAAGACAGAAAGAGUGUGAAACGUGGGGCAGGACAGCAGGACCUCCCCGAUAACCCCGAAAGAUUCGCCUACUGGCCCUUUGUUUUGGGCCACCAAAGCUUCUCCUCCGGCCGUCACUGCUGGGAGGUGGAAGUGGGGGACGAAGGGGACUGGGCCAUCGGCGUGGCUCGAGAAUCCAUCCCACGAAAAGGUCAACUGAGCCUCUGUCCCAAAGGGGGGAUUUGGGGGGUGGAGAAAUGGGGGGGACAGAUCCGGGCUCUCACCACCCACAAGGUGACCCUGUUAGCACUGCGCUGGGUGCCCAGGAGGGUCAGCAUCCACUUGGAUUACGCCGGAGGGACGGUGGCGUUUUUUGACGCCGACGAAGGGGGGCUCAUCUUUGUUUUUUCCCAUGCGUCUUUCGCUGGGGAGGGGGUCCGUCCGUGGCUGUGGGUGGUGGGGGUCAGGUCCCAGCUCAGGCUGUGCCCCUGAGACACGGACGAGGGUCACCCCACAUCCUACAGCCUCAGGGGACGGCCCCCUCCCUGCCCAUCCCAUGGGGAGAAGAUGAGAUGAGGAGCUGGGUUUUUGUGCAUCCUUCAUCCCUAUGAACCCACCGCCGUGGCAUCGCACCAGUAUGACACUGACUGACUUGAUAUCACCAAGAAGUGCUGAGCAAGAGAAAAUUGGGGCAACAGAAGGGAAAAAGUGCUGCGCUGGGUGAUUAGAAUGUAGGAAAGAGUGGUCAGAAGGGAAAAUCCCACCCAGCAGAGCGGCAGGAAGGCGGAUUUCCCCAGGGUUUGCCUGAUCAGGUACUGCUGUCCCCGACCUGAGAUGGUCAGCUUCAAAUCAAGUGGUCCACCUUCCUGAAGAUUUGGUAUUUGAAGCCUCAGAGUGUACAAUGACUCUUAAUAAAGUGCUUGAUUUUC